CUACAUUUUCCCUUCCUUCCUCGUAACGUCGUGAUUUUCUGACCCAAACGUCUUCAAUUUGAAUCAACCGCUUGUUGUGUAAAACAGAUCUAAUCUCGUAAUACAUCAUGUAUCUCCCAUCAGCUCAAUACGCGCUCACUGCAGGUCUCGGCCUCUUGAGUUCUGUGACUACAUUUGACUCUGUUACCAAGGGCUCGUGCCUCGAUUAUGCUGUCCAGAAAUGCAUUGAUAGCGACGGCAACCAACGCUGCAGCAAACCUUUCCUAGCAAAGAAAUCAACUUGUUACAACAUCGAAUGGUCGACUGAGGGUGCUCUGUCCCAUACGACUGCGGAAGUGCGUGAUGCCGGAUCUGGCGAAAUGGUGUUCUACCGCGAUACGAAUGGAGAGUGGACUCCAGAAAAGACUGAACUUGUGUACAUCGACUUUAUGCCGAAGAUUGCGGGACAAGGCAACAAGACGGUGACGUAUGAAGUGAAAACUUGUGAGUGAGAAACAUGAGGGUCAAUGUAAUCCUUGCGGUGCAACCAGCGCGGUGUACGGGCUCUCAAUGUAAAGUAAAGUAAUGCUACCUUUGGAAUUUUUAUUGGGUCAAGUGAAAAAAACGCCGCAAAUACUGCCAAUAACUAUAACCGAUAAAUUCUACCCCUGCCAUUUUGUCCCAAGCAGG